AUGGCUGAAUACAGCGCUAAAGCUGGUUCAUUUGGCCUCCACUGUAAUUAUGUUCGGACGAAUUUGUCGCCUUCCUCGAGGCACAGCCAGUCCAGCAAGGCGAGGAGUCCUGAGGCUCGGUCUCCACAUCUCCUGCCGCCGAUCUACAACGGCACCGCGACUUUUUCAGCAGGACACAAGCUCCCGGUGUGUCAGCCGGCUCAAGACGGAGGAUGGUCACGUUUCCACAGCGAGUGUCGCCAGAAGCACUCCAUGUACCUGGACUGGACUGCAGUGAGGACCGACACCAAAACUGGAAACAUUCCAAAGCGAGAAAAAGCGAAAUCCAUGACGUCUUUUAAAGAUGCAGAAGAACAAGAAGUGGCAGAAUAUUUGGAAAACAAUAAAGAUUUCUUGGAAGCCUUUAUUUUGGAGCGAGUUCCUGCUGAGGUACUUGAGAAAUUGUUGCAUAAGAAACUUAAGAAGACUUUCGUGAAGCCAUUGACGCCCAAUCAUACCCCAGUGAUCCAUUGCAGAAAACCGGAUGCUUGCAAAAAGGAAAUGUUUAAUGAUCUGGUGAGAGUAGUGCAGGAGCAGCCGAGCGAGCACGCGGUGCUGUGGCGGCUGGCGCAGCACAUGAGCCGCGCGCUGGGCGCCGACGCGCACCGCCUCUACAAGCUCUACCCUGAUCACACCACCUUCGUGCAGUUCUUCGUGCAAUCUCAAGACGACGUGCGGAGUUUGGUUCGAGCAUACACAGAGCAAGUACGUCUCGUACUAGAAGUGGCAAAAGCCGGUACAUGUAGACGCGUAUCGAGAUUUGAGAAUCCGCGAAUAUUCCCGCAGACUCCAGUAGCACUGUUUAGAUCUUUGGGGAAGAAUGUGAAACAAGCCAACCACGUGAUGUACCAGCCUAUCCUGACGAAGACCGGUAAGACGGCCUAUGUCCUGGAGAUGUGGAGAGUGAAGGACAGGUUCAAGGAUAUUGACGAGGAGAUCAGCUCCAACUUCCUCGUGCUCGGCAGUGUGGCACUGCACUACUGUAACUUGUACCUCGAUAAGAAAAGGGAGAGAAAUAUGUCCGAUUUCCUUUUGGACGUUGUGAAGGCGAUAUUCGAAGAAAUGGACUCACUUGAAAAGCUUAUUAAAAGGAUUUUACAAUUCGCCCAGCGCCUGGUCCGUGCAGAUCGGGCGUCUCUAUUCCUGGUGGACUACAGGAAUUCUGAGCUGGUCUCCACUGUGUUUGACCUGAAGUACGAACCAGGUCAAGACCGGGAUAUGGAGAAGAAGGAAAUCAGAAUGCCAAUCAACAGAGGUAUCGCGGGCCACGUGGCGCUGUCGGGGAAAACUAUGAACAUUCCAGAUGCUUAUUCUGAUCAUCGGUUUAACAAGGAGGUUGAUGAAGCAACUGGCUACAAAACCACUAGCAUACUAUGCAUGCCGAUCAAGGUGCGUGGCAGAGUCAUAGGCGUAGUGCAGAUGGUCAACAAGCGCAACGGCGACCCCUUCGAUCGAGAAGAUGAAGAAUAUUUCGAGCUAUUCUCCACAUUCUUUGGCUUGUCUCUUCACCAGGCCAUGCUUUAUGAUACGAUCAGGAUGAAGGAGCAGAAGUACAGGGUCGCUCUUGAGGUCCUGAGCUACCACAACACGUGCAGAGAUAAUGAAGUGCUGGCAAUGUUGGCAGACAAAGAGCCAAUAUCCAUAAACCUUAAUGACUACUACCUCAAUCCUUACAAAUUGAGCGAGUUCGAGAAGUGCAAGUCUGUCAUCAAGAUGUUCAGCGACUUGUUCGGUCUGGCCAACUUUGAUAUUGUGACGCUGACGAGGUUUGUGCUGACGGUGAAGAAGAACUACAGGACGGUGCCAUAUCACAACUUCGACCACGGCUGGACGGUCGCGCACACGAUGCAUGUCAUACUGGAGAACGAUGAACAAAAGCGCUUCAACUGUAAAAUGCGUUUAGCCCUGUUCGUGGCGUGCCUGUGCCACGACCUGGACCACCGCGGCUACACGAACCAGUACAUGAGCGAGACGGCCUCCCCCCUCGCCGCCAUGUACACCACCUCCACUCUGGAACACCAUCACUUCAACAUAACCGUCACCAUCCUCCAACAGGAUGGUCACAACAUCUUCUCGCACUUCUCCAGCGAGGACUACAAGGAGAUCCUGGGCUACAUCAAGCACUCGAUCCUCGCGACCGACCUGGCAGCCUUCUUCCCUAACCUGGCCAAGAUCAACCAGCUCCACGAAGGCGACACUCCUCAGUUUGACUGGGAGAUACAGACUCAUAUGGAACUAGCGAUGGCAAUAUCCAUGACAGCCGCCGACCUGUCAGCAUCCGCCAAGCCCUGGUGCAUCCAGAUCAAGACCGUGAAUGUCAUCUUCGAGGAAUUCUACGAUCAAGGAGACAAGGAGAGAGCUGCGGGGAGGGAACCCAUCCCUAUGAUGGACCGGAAUAAGCCUGAGGAGCAGCCUUCUAGCCAGGUGGGUUUCCUGAGUCAGAUCUGCAUUCCCUGCUACAGCAUGCUGAGCCACAUCCUGCCCCACACGCGCCCGAUGUACGUCAUGGCUCUGAUAAACCUUGACAGAUGGAAGGACAGGGCUGACAACAUCAACAAACCAACAUUAGAUUUUUCUCCUAUCAUGGCUGACUUUGAAAACACCCGUGCUGGACACGAAAAUGAGGAGAAGAUAAAACCUGAGACAACGCGUGAAGGAAUAAAACCAAAACUUAAGAUAAAAAGUGAAUUAUCUCCUGUAACCGAAGUCGUCCAUGAUUCUCUUAUUUGGGAAGACGAUGAUGAUGCAGAGGUCGCACUCACAGAAGGUAACCAGCUGCAUGCUGGCGGCAUUUGGAAGGACAUAGAUGGCGAUGAUUGGAUAGAUGAGUGGAUUAAUGAAGAAGGAGUAGUAGUUCAGGGGACGGAUAUGAAAUCUAUUGUUGUUAAGGACAAUCGAAAGAAAGAUGACGCAGCAAUGGAGGUUACCUCGAAACCUUCGGUCGUCCGUCAAUUAUUUUCCUAGUAGCUAAUUUUUGUAGAGUAUUCUUUCUUCUUUAGAUUAAUUUAUGUUUUUUUUUGCCAUUUCGAAAGGCUUAGUAAUAAAUGCUAGUUUGAGUACUUAUCUACUGGUAUAUUGCUGAUCAGUGGUCACUUAAUUUAAGCGUAGACCUCAUUAUAAGGGGUUGUUUUAAUUUAAUUGUUCUAAUAGGAUAUAUGUAUUUAUUCAUUUGUAAACAUAAGUACGUACCAUACAUGUGCAGGCAAGAUAAUUCGAUAAUGCACGUAUAUGAAUAGUAAAGAGCCUUUUUAAGAAUAGUAGACACAUAAAUAAAUAAACACACUGCUUAAAACUUCA